UAUUUUGGCAUCUUCUCCUUUUGUUAUCUCUCCUCUUUUAGCUUUCCCUUUUAUAUUCCCCCUUUCUAAUAGACACUAUAUAAAUUCCCACCACUAUCUGUGAUGACCAACGCUUUCUCUACUCUUUCCUUAAAGAGAAAUCGAAAAAAAGAGUCCAAAUUCAAUGCCAUGUUAAAUAAACUCACAAACCCUUUUCACACUCAUAAAAAGAGACGCCAUACAGACAGACGAUCCUCUCUCAGUACAUUCAUUGACUUCUUUCGUACAGAAGAUCCUCAUCCGUUUGCCAACGACGCUCUCUUUGAACAUAACAGAUACAAGCAGCAAAAGAGUCUUGGUAACAAUCAAAAUUUGCAUCCCCAACAUCAUCCUUCUCGUAACAACAAUAAUAAUAACCAUAACCAUAACAACAACCAUAACAACAACAAUUAUAAUAAUAAUAAGCCUACAUCAUGUAUUUUACCAUCACCAUCACUACCACCACUACCACCACUACUCUCUCAGGCACCCACAGGGAGAAAAGAAACAAGCAUACUGAAGAAACCACUGAUUGGACAUCGACACACAAACAGUACGCCCAUUCAGCCCACCAGCAGCAGCAAUAAUAAUAAUCGGAAAAAGACACAGCAGCAUAUACGUCACUACUCGCAUGUCUCCUGUAUCUCGUCUUCCAACAUUACGGUGAAUUCCGAAGACUUGACUGCCAAGGAAUUUGCAGACAUUGCAGGUAUCCGUAUUCUAUCGGAAGACGAAGAGUGUCCACGAAAGCACAUGGAGGAAAAGAUUUGUACGUUCUGUGGACAGGAUGAUAGUGAACGCUUGCCCUCAUUGAUUGUGACUUCUCGUAUCAGUCAUAGUUCCAUGAUUCGAGGCAGUGAUCACAGCAGUAUUUACUGCCCUCCCGACUACACUGCAGACAAAGAGGAAGAGGAAGAAGAGGAGGAGGGCCAUCAGAUAUGGGAUAAUCAGUUCUGGAGGAAACCAGGCGGGGAUACCAUCCUGAUGCCUCCCAUCUUGCAUGAAUUGAAACAUCACCAAGAUACAUUUAUUAAAAAGGGUCGAUUUGAAAUUCAUUUAUCCUCUGCUAUUAAUGUAUUACCACCACCUACUCUACAACCUGUCUAUGAAUGGAAGCGCAAAUCAAGGCCAAUCGCUUAAGCUGCUACAUAUAUACUUUUUUUUUUUUUUUUUUUUUUUUUUUU